ACGCUCCUGAUUGGCCAGUUGCGUGGCCAACCGCCGUUUUCUCUGAUCAUUUGAAGCUGUCCCCACUCUAAGAAUCACUAUUACAGGAUUUGUAUUUCAUCCAGCGUGGUCGGAACAAAAUUCUCUUGUGCCUAUCUCACCAUAAGAUACCUCUUUGAAUUCCACUGAAAGCAAUGGAUAGCUCUAAAGACAAGAGUUCUCGCUCCAGCUCCAAAGCGAACCUCAACGAAUCCAGCGUGCCUUUGCUCGACGAUGAAGAAGUGACUCUGAAAGGCGGCGAAAGUAAAGUGACCAUAGAAAUGGAUACACGCAGCUCGGACGAAAACGAAAAAGGUGAUGCUAACAAAGAUAAAGAGGAAGAAGCUCAAGCUGACGGGAAAUCCGAUGCCAAAGAUGAGAAAGAGUCCAAAAAAGAGAAAAAAGAAAAGAAGAAGAAGGAGAAAAAGGAGAAAACCCACAAACGUACCACCUCCUUGGCAGAGAAACUCACCACGGGGCUUAAUCUUCUAGACAGAGAUGAUAGAAAUGUGAAUGACCACGUCAAUAUUGUUUUUGAAGAUCUGCUGGCCGAACCCGAUGCAAGCCAUGGGUUUGAUGCUGUCUGGCGAAUGGCGUUUAUUGUCUUUUCUGGAACCAAACUAUGGGUUUACAGAAUAGUGUCUGCUCUACUGGCCAUUCCUUGUGGAUUUUUGUGGGGAGCUGUGUUUUCCAUUUUAACAUUGGUCAAUGUCUGGGUGAUUUCCCCCACUCUCCGCACUUUUGAUGUCUUCAUGCAUAUCCUACACAGGGUAUGGAGUGCCGUUGUUCAUACAUUCUUGGACCCAAUCUUUCUGUCUGUGGGUCAUCUCUGUUCAAACAUCAAUAUUAACAACACUUCAAGACAAGUUCUUGUUCAAGAAGCCUAAAAACGUUAUGACAAAAAUUCUAUUUUUUGAACUACGAAAGAAUGUUAUGUUAAUAUAAAAGUGCCUUUUGAAAUAUUUACUUAUUGAGUUUAUUUUUUAAGAAAUUUUAAAUUUAUUUUCUGAUUUUGAAUUUUUCUUGAUUUUAUAUGAUUUUUAAUUUUUUUUCACACAUUGUUUUGUAGAUUUCAUAACGUUCAAGAUAUACAUAAAUAAAUACCUACAGCAAUAUUUUUCUAUUUUUAUAUGUAGCAUGAAGUAGGUUUUAUCAAACUAUACACGCUAUCAAGUACCUGCAAAUAUUUUAGCUUUAAUUCAAAGAAGUUACUUUUUUAUAUGAACUGCAUUUGUAGAAUUUUUAAAGAAAACAACAGAAUCUCAUUUUUAACUUCAAAAUAUAAACCUUUUAUUGCUAUGAUGUACUAUUCAUUUUAAAAUAUCAUUUGACAAUGUGUCGCAAAUAUUCAUCUCUGCAUACGUUUGUCUCACUGUAUAGUUACCUUCAACUGUAUUUUCAUUGUCAUGAGGCAAGAAGAUUCUACAUGUCACAAAUAAGUAUUAUAUUUGUGCUCAUAUUUCAUGAUCUGAUUUUUCAUAUACUCAUUCAAUGUGAAAAAAAUUUCAUACGUUAAUUUUGUAUUGCUCUCCAAGGAGAUUUACUGUAUAUGUAAUAAGAAUUUUUGAUAGUUUCAUUUACUUGUCUCUAUUGUGCUGAAUGUAAUGUAGACUAAAUAAA